GUAUAUGAAAUAAAGAAUAGGGUUAAGAAGCAGAGAGUAGAAUUAAACACAAUGGCAAGGGAAGAGGGGGAGGUGAAGCUCAUAGGAUUUUGGGUGAGUCCAUUUGUUCGCAGAGUAGAGUGGGCACUGAAACUGAAAGGUAUAGAUUACGAGUACAUAGAAGAAGAUGUAUUCAACAAAAGUCCUCUCCUUCUAAAACUCAACCCUGUUGUGAAGAAAGUUCCUGUUCUUGUUCAUCACCAGAAACCCAUAGCUGAAUCCUUCUUUAUCCUUGAAUACAUCGACGAGACAUGGAAACAUGGCCCUUCGUUGCUUCCUCAAGAUCCUUAUGAAAGAGCACGAGCUCGGUUUUGGGCUAAAUUUGCCGAAGAAAAGGUCUUGGAAGCUGCACACAAUGCAAUGUGCUCUCUAGGAGAAGAUAAAGAAAAAGCUGUGAAAUUAGCCACAGAAGCCUUGGAAAAAAUAGAGGAAGAGCUUAAUAAGGGAAAGAAGGAGAAGUUCUUUGGAGGUGAAGAUAUUGGGUAUAUGGAUAUCGCAAUCGGGUGGAUAUCUUACUGGUUACCCGUUUGGGAAGAAGUUGGGUCCAUGCCCAUUUUAGACCCACCCAAAUUUCCUGCUAUCACUGAGUGGACCAACAACUUUGUUAAUCACCCUCUCAUCAAACACAAUUUGCCUCCUCGAGACAAGAUGGUUGAUUAUUUUCAUGAGCGUGCCAAAAACUUGACUUCAUUUCCUAAUUGAUGGUUUAAAAUUUAAGAACAAGCCACUUCUCUUGUGUGCAUUAUGUUUUCGUACAAUUAGGUUUUGGAAAUAAUUAAAUUUAGAUCAAUAAUCUUUUUGAAAAUAAUGAACUUUAUUGUUGAAUGGUUUAAAUAAGACUUACUUAUAAUAUUAAGUUUUUUCUU